AUGAUGACACCUGUAGAUAAUGCUGUUGAGAACUCUCCAGAGGGAAGGUACAAUUACCUCCAAAAACGUGCAUGCUGCACCAUAGAACGCACAUUUGGUGUAUUGAAGGGUCGAUGGAGAUGUCUUUUGGCAGCUAGAGAACUCCAUUACUGCCCAGAAACAGCAGGUAAAAUUAUAUUAGCCUGCUGUGUUUUACACAACAUGUGUAUAAGGGCUGGUAUUGAAGGUCCCGAGUUGACUGAAGAGGAACACCAAUCGGAGAGAACCAGGCAGGUUCCCUUUGAAACAGCCGCAUCUUCUACUCAAGCUCUACAGGCAGGUCGAAGGGCAAGGAAUUCAUUAAUACAAAUGUUAGAAAGGAACCGGAGAUAA